AUGGCGUCUCCGAUUUCGUGUGGCUCGCGUCAUAGCCCAGAUGAGCUCCCUGGAGACCCCUCUUCACAAGAAGAUGAGGAUUGCGAUUACGAAGAUCGGGUCAGCUACUCGGGUUCAUACUGCUCAGCGAGUAGCGAUUAUGAUGAUGUUGAACCUGAAUGGCUGGACAGUGUGCAGAAAAAUGGAGAAUUAUUUUAUUUGGAAUUGAGUGAGGAUGAAGAAGAAAGCCUCCUUCCUGAGACUCCUACAGUGAACCAUGUCAGGUUCAGUGAAAAUGAGAUUAUAAUUGAAGAGGAUGAUUACAAAGAAGGAAAAAAGUAUGAACCUAAACUCAAGCGGUUUACCAAAAUUUUAAAAACUAAAAGUCUUCUACCUAAGCGCUACAAUAAACAAAAGAGUAAUGACAAUGGACCGGUGUCCAUUCUAAAGCAUCAAUCCAAUCAGAAAACAGGAGUUGUUGUCCAACAGCAGCAGUACAAGGAUGUGAAUAUUUAUGUAAACCCCAAAAAGUUAACUGUGACCAAGGCCAAAGAGCAGCUCAAGCUUCUGGAAGUCCUGGUUGGGAUUAUCCAUCAGACCAAGUGGAGCUGGAAAAAAAGUGGAAAACAGGGCAGUGGAGAGAGACUUGUGGUCCAUGGCCUGCUGCCAGGAGGCUCUGCCAUGAAGAGUGGUCAGAUAUUAAUUGGUGAUGUUCUUCUUGCUGUGAAUGAUGUUGAUGUGACCUCUGAGAACAUAGAGAGAGUUCUAUCUUGCAUUCCUGGACCUAUGCAGGUAAAACUGACUUUUGAAAAUGCAUAUGCUGUGAAAAAGGAAACAACUCAACCAAGACAGAAAAAGGCACAGUCAAACACAAAUGAUUUAGUCAAACUUCUGUGGGGAGAAGAGGUUGAAGGUAUCCAGCAAAAUAUCCUAAACACUCCUCACAUCGUUAUGUAUCUCACACUGCAGCUCGACUCGGAAACAUCAAAGGAAGAGCAGGAAAUUCUUUAUCAUUGUCCAGUAUCUGAUGCAUCUCAGAAACUUAAAAGUGUGAGAGGGAUAUUUCUCACACUCUGUGACAUGUUGGAAAAUGUAACUGGGACACAAGUUACUAGCUCAUCCCUUCUUUUAAAUGAGAAACAAAUCCAUGUGGCUUAUUGGAAAGAAUCUGACAAGUUGUUGUUAAUUGGCCUGCCUGCUGAAAAAGUUCCUCUUCCUCAGCUAAGGAAUAUGAUAGGAGAUGUUGCCCAAACCUUAAAAUUUAUGUAUGGUUCUUUAGAUAGUGCCUUUUGCCAGGUUGAGAAUGUUCCUCGUUUGGAUCAUUUUUUCAACUUGUUCUUUCAAAGAGCACUUCAGCCUGCUAAACUACAUUCCGGUGCCAGUCCGAGCGCACAACAAUAUGAUGCUUCCAGUGCAGUGCUUUUAGACGGUCUCCCUGGAGUUCGAUGGCUCACGCUUCCGCAGGAAAUCAAGAUGGACCUAGACACAGCAUUGAGCGACUUGGAGGCUGCAGAUUUUGCAGAACUGUCUGAGGAUUACUAUGACAUGAGGCGGCUGUAUACAAUUUUAGGAUCUUCUCUAUUUUACAAGGGUUACUUAAUAUGCAGUCAUUUGCCUAAGGAUGAUCUUACUGAUAUUGCUGUGUACUGUCGCCACCACGGCCUACUGCCUUUAGCAGCAAAACAAAGAAUUGGUCAGUUGGUUAUAUGGAGAGAAGUGUUUCCGCGACAUCACCUCCAACCUUCUACAGACUCAAACACUGAAGUCUUUCAGGAACCUGAAGGGAGAUAUUUUUUGCUAAUUGUUGGAUUGAAGCAUUAUAUGUUAUGUGUACUAUUAGAAGCUGGAGGCUGUGCAUCCAAAGCUGUUGGGAAUCCUGGACCAGACUGUAUCUAUGUGGAUCAGGUCAAAACAACUCUUCACCAACUGGAAGGAAUAGAUUGUCAGAUCAAUGAACGGCUAACAUCUUCUCCAAGCCCCUGUUUGUCUUGUGCUGACUGGUUCCUUACUGGAUCACAUGAAAAAUUAGAUAAUUUGACAACCUCACCUAUCCUCAGUAGGCUACCAGGUACUUCCAAGGUAGCAACCUCUCCAACAUGCAGAAGAAUUCUUUUUGGUGACUAUUCCUUAAAGACACGUAAGCCCAGUCCUUCCCAGAGCAGUGGAGGAUCUGACAAUGGCUGUGAAGGUAGAGAAGGUGUUGGCCUGAGCCCCCACACUAUACCCAAUGCCAUAUGGAAACAAAGAGAAUCUCAGGGCUCUGAUGGUUCAGAAGAAAGUGGGGCCUUGCUUAAGGUCACUAAAAAGAAGGCUACUCUUCCAAAUCCAUUUCAUUUGGGGAACUUGAAAAAGGACCUUUCAGAAAAAGAACUGGAAAUAUAUAACACAAUGAAAUUAACAUCUGGUCCUGAGAACACACUUUUCCACUAUGUUGCCUUAGAAACUGUGCAAGGGAUCUUUAUUACUCCUACCCAUGAAGAGGUGGCACAGCUAAGUGGCUCUAUCCACCCUCAACUAAUAAAGAAUUUCCAUCAGUGUUGUCUCUCCAUUCGUGCAAUUUUCCAACAGACAUUGGUAGAAGAGAAAAAGAAAGCACUAAAUCGUGGAGAUCAUUCAGGUUCUACAAAUUCCAUAUCUUCUCUUAACCCUGUGAAAGAAUAUGGUGUGUUGUUUGAAUGCUCGCCUGAAAAGUGGACAGAUCAGAGAAAAGCACCACCAGUUAUGGCUUACUGGGUAGUAGGGAGACUCUUUCUUCAUCCCAAACUUCAAGAACUUUAUGUCUGUUUUCAUGAUUCAGUCACAGAAAUUGCCAUAGAAAUGGCUUUUAAAUUGUUCUUUGGAUUAACCUUGUAGCUGUGUUUUCUUGAUGCACGGCAACUGUGCGUGGAACAUUGAACGGUGUUAGAAUUGCUGAAACCCAUACACAAGAAGAUAAGGGUUAACGUCUCUUUAACUGUUCAGUUUUGAACAUAAUAAUGUUAAAUAUUGAGAUGAUAUGCUCUUGGAUUUGAUGCACUA